AUGGAAGACAAAGCAUCGUGCUCGCUUGUUUGCAAGGCAUGGAGGAAACCAUUUCAAAAAUCUAUGUACUCUGACUUUAUCGUAAAAGACAAUUCAUACUUGAUCAAAUGGUGCAGUAAAUUUAUGGAUCCUGAGUGUACCAUCCAAAAAACAGGGCAUCUAUUGCGAUCUUUACACUUAAACUACUGUCCUUAUGUAAAAUCUGGAGAGAUUUACGCUUUACAAAAGACGUUUCAAAAUAUAAAGUAUCUAUCUCUCGAAAAAAUUUGUCUAAAUCCGUCUUAUGUUGGUGGCGCAACGAACUGGUCUCUUUGGAAAACAUUAACGGAUCUCAGGAUUAAUCUUGGUGGCCGAGCACCGACCCGGGCAGACAAUAUAUUACUAGAAAUAGUCUCGAACUUACCUCUUUUGAAACAACUAAAGCUCACUGGGAGAUACUAUUUUCAUGCACAGCCAACAUUCACAUUGAGCGACUCUGAACUCAUUCAUGAACGGCUGCUACACCUCAAUCACUUGGAACUAAGCUCAGCAGAAUUGACUUUUUCCAAAACUGACCUUGAACGUAUGACAAAAGUAUUACCAGCAAAGAAGAUAAAGGCUUUUGGCAUAGAGUCCAAAAACAUAGACCAUCGGUGGCUAUGUUAUUUUGUUCGUAAAUAUCCUAGCCUUGAAAGCCUCAGACUUUCAAUAUCCAAUGAAAGAGUAGAGCCUGAGGAACAUCGGAACGACAUAAUAUGCCAGCCUAGAGACUUGCCUCAUUCGUUUCAGCACCUAAAGAAAUUGAGCUUUGGAGACAUUAGCUAUCAUUACAAGGAAUACUUGCUUUUCUUGGACAUGUUUACUUACUGCAAACUUCCCUUGGAACAAUUGUCGAUUUGUUCACAGGAAAUAAUUGAUGAUUCUAAUACUCCUCAAGACCUUCACACUUUUAUCAAAGUCAUGGAAUUAUGCUCGACCCAAUUCUCUGAAACGCUUAAAGUCUUUACUUUUGAGUACUACGAUAAAAAUCCAAUUUCAAUUGACAUGAUAAUAGAAGGAAAGGAUGCAUUUCGUAACUUGGUUCACCUACACGUACAUUGUGCACUCGUAAACUUUAAAUUGGAUGUCCUUUUUGACACAAAAGUUUGCUUGGAAUUUCUUCAUCUUUCUUUUACUAAUAUUUGUAUCAAUCCAAGUCCAUGUUCCGGUUCAAAAAAGCAUGUAUUACGGUCUUUCAAGGUUUAUCGAGCAACAAUCACAUCUGAUGUACUUCGUUAUCUCUCAUUUCACUGCAGGAAAAUGGAUACAUUGUACUUACAUAAAACAAAGAUUUCUGGGCCUUUUAAUUCGACAACAGGAUGCCAAUAUAUUGACAUGUCAUACACCCGCUUCAAAAUAUUACACAUACACAACACAGAGUUUAUUAUUUCAAACAACCCAAUAUCUAAAAACAAUCAUAAUAUUACGCUCAUAACCCGGCCUGUUAAUGACACUCAUCCAAAAAGCUAUGAAAUAACUGAAGACGCCCAGAAAGUUAUUGAAGAAUUAGCUAUAAAUAUGCACUAUCAUUGGUUUUACAUAUUAGAUGAUAUUCCUAUAAAGGGACUCUCAAAAAGUCAGUCUAACGCGGCCAAAAGAUUCUUUGAUGAUUUCAAGAACAAGAAAAAGAAUGCUAUUAAAACAAGCUUUGACGGUGACAGGACAAGGGAACCAAGGCUAAGCUGGAAGAUGAGCUGUGCCUAUGGAGCCUGGAAGACGCCUUUUCAAGAGUCCAUGCACCAUGUAUUGUUCGUAGAAGACAGUCAAAAACUGCGCACCUGGUGUGAAACAUUGAUAGAUCUCGAGAACACCAGACAAGGCACUGGGCGCAUUUUACGAUCUCUACAUUUAGGCCACUGUGUCCAUUUAACAAGUGAACAACUUUACACUAUACAAAAGACAUUCCCGAACAUAAAGCAUCUUUAUUUGCAGAAUCUAUACAUCAAUACCUCUUAUGUUGGGACCGGGACCAACUGGUUGAUUUGGAAGACAUUGACCGAAUUACGGAUUGAUUUUUAUGGAAUAUUACGAACAAAGCCAGAUAAAGCAUUUAUAGAUACAGUAUCCAACCUACCCUUGCUGAGGCGAUUAGAUUUUGGUGGUGAUCCUUGUAAUCUUGUAGACCAAACGCUCGCCUUGAGCGACUUUGAACUCCUUCAUACACGCUUGAUACACCUCAGUCACUUGGAGCUAAGUACCAAUUUAUUGGUUACUUCCGGCACUGAAGUUCGACGUAUGACAGAAGUAUUACCAGCAAAGAAAAUAAAGAUCUUUAGGAUGUUAUCCAAACAAACAGAUCAUCGGUGGCUUUACUAUUUUGCACGAAAAUAUCCUAACCUCGAGAAACUCACUUUUUCGACAUUCAAUGACAAGGUCGAAUCCGACAAACAGAAAAACGACAUAAUAGCCCUACUCAGAAACCUGACUCGUCCGUUCCAACACCUAAAAACACUACACCUUGGAAGCGUCAAUUACCCUCACAAAGAAUACUUGCUUUUUUGGGACAUAAUUACAUGCUGUAAAGUAUCCUUGGAGUGUAUACAUGUUUACUCGUGUAAUGCAGCGAAUGAUCGAAUUUUUUCCAGAGACUUGCGCAAUUUACCCAAAGUACUCAUUGAGAUAUGCUCAACUAAAUUCUCUGAGACCAUUAAAGACUUGUCUUUCAUGUGUGAUAAACAUAUGAAUAUUCCAAAGAGCCUAAUAAAACAAAAGGACGUAUUCUGCAAUUUGGUUCACCUAAAAAUAAGAUAUCCACUCGAACCUUUUAAGCUGGACGAUCUUCUUGACAAAAAAAUUUUCUUACAAUCACUUACUCUUUUUAAGGUAGUUAUUGACAUUAAUCCUGAUGCUCUGACUAGCACAAAACGACACGCAUUGCGGUUAUUUGAGGUCCAUUAUUCAAAUCUGACGUCUGAUAUACUCCGUUAUUUAUCAACUCAUUGCGGAAACCUAAAUUCGUUACAUUUGAUUAAAACGAUUGUAAACGGAUCCAUUAAUUCUACACCAGGGUGCCAGUUUAUCGACUUGACCUACACUCGUUUCAAAUCAUUGCGUUUAUUGGGUACAUGCUUUAUUUUAAAAGACAAUCCAAAGUCUGAGCAUAAUCUCAAUAUUAUGCUUGUUACUCGACCUGUUGAAGACACUCCCCCAAAGAACCUUGACCAAAUUGAAGCGUUGCCGAUAGUUAUCGGAGGUCUAACAGUCAAGGCACAUUAUCAUUGGUUGUACGCAGAUGGCUAUGGAUUCUUAAAGACACUUCCAAAAAAUCAACACAGCAAAGCCGAAAAAUUCUUUAUGCAAUUUGAAAAAAAUAAAGAAAAGGCUUUAAAGACAAUUUUUUACGAGGACAAAACAAGAAAACCAAAGAUAAACUGGAAGAAGAACUAUGUCUAUGGCUACACCAAGAUAAAAUGUGGCUACAUAGCUAAUUGUGACAUCGAUGCAUGGAAGGCACCAUUCCAAGAAUCCAUGUAUUUCGACUUGUUCGUAGACACUAUUCAAAACCUAGAAAAAUGGUGCAGAACAUUGGAUGACCCUGGGUACACCAAACAAGACACUGGACGCAUUUUACGAUCUCUACAUCUGGGCUACUGUAUCCGUUUAACAAGUGAACAACUUUACACCAUACAAAAGACAUUUCCGAGCAUAAAAUCUCUUUAUUUGCAAAACCUUUAUCUCAAACCGGCUUUUGUUGGAACAAAAACAGAUUGGUCACUUUGGAAGUCAUUGACUGAACUGCGGAUUGAUUUCUAUGAAACUCACGGAACAGAGCCAGAUAAUGCAUUUAUAAACACGGUAUCCAACUUACCCCUGUUGAGACGACUAGAUCUUGGCGGCAAUGCUUUUAAUUGUGUGCACCAAACUUUUACCAUGAGCGACUUUGAGCUCCUUCAUACACGCUUGAUACACCUCAAAGACUUGCGCCUCAGCUCCUAUUCAUUGGAUCUUUCUGAAUCUGACUUUGAGCUUAUGACAGAGGUAUUACCAGCCAAGAAGAUUACGUUCUUUAGUAUCAUAUCCAAUAACACCGAUCAUCGAUGGCUGUACUAUCUCGCUCGUAAAUAUCUUAACCUCGAGAUGCUCAAAUUCUCAUCAGGCAACAAAAACGAUGAAUCCGAAGAACAGAGAAACGAUAUAAUCUCUCUCCUCAGAAGUUUGGCUCAUCCGUUUCAACACCUAGUCGGACUAGACGUCGGGGAUCCCAAUUAUCCUUUCAAAGAAUUUCUACUUUUCUGGGAGCUGGUUGUUUUCCUUAAAAUACCUUUGAGGCACCUGGGUGUUUACGCAUGCGAAGUGUUGAGUGAUCGAAUGACUUCUGAAGUCUUGCAGGAUUUAACCAAAGUCGCCAUGAAAAUGUGUUCGAGUCGAUUUUCUGAAACCAUAAACGAAUUGACCUUUAAUUAUCCACUCGACCCUUUUCAGCUGGAUGACCUUCUUGACGAAAAGAUAUUUUUACAAUCACUUUAUUUUAGUGGUGCGAAUAUUGGUACAAAUCCUAAGUCAUUCUCUAUUUCAAAAAGAUACAGAUUGAGAUCAGUCGAAGCUAAUGGAUCAAAGCUUACAUCAUAUGUACUUCGCUAUCUGUCAUUUUACUGCAGAAAUUUUGAUACGGUGAAUUUGCGUUUCACAAAAUUGUUUGGCUCUAUUACCUCAAUACGAGGAUGUCCCCCAAAAUCAGAAGAUAGCCCCAAUAUUACGCUUGUUAUUCGACCCGUUUCUGAUAUUCCUCCAAAAGAAGAUGACAUGAUAGCAAAGCAGAAAAUGUUGCAUGAAUAUGUGGCUGGACGUGAGGGUGGUUGA